UGUAAGGAAAAAGGAAUAAGUCCCUAAGAUAAGGAAGAAACUUUGGACACUUGUAAGCUAGAACCCUUCAAACACAUGACUGUAUAGAAACUUUAACAAGAGUGUAUAUAAGUGUCUCACUCCUCAAACACACGCUGGAUUUCUUCAUGUGUGGAUCACAAGUUCAGAUAUGAAGAUGUUUGGUCUUCAACUGUUUGUUUUGAUUUGUUUGUAUGCUGCAGUACAGCCGUCCAGUCAAACAGACACCAGCUCUUUUCUCAUCUACAAUGAGGAUCACAACAGAUGUGUGAAUGUUAUUAAUGCCAGUGUUAUACAGACGGCACCGUGUGAUGUAUCUUCUGAUGCUCAGCGUUUCCGAUGGGUUUCUUCUUCAAGAAUUAUCAGCGUCUCUCUUAAACUCUGUUUGGGAGCUCAAAGACUUAAAGACUGGCAGAAAGUGAUCCUUCUGCCCUGUAAAGAGCUCAAUCGUCUACAGACCUGGGAAUGUAAGAAUGAGACCUUGUUUGGCUUAAAGGGAAAACCGUUACAUCUGAACUACGGCAAUAAUGAAGAGACAAAUGUGGUGCUGUUUAAGGGAAAUGGAUCUUGGAGUCGCUGGCAGAUUUAUGGGACUACAGACAAUCUGUGUUCUCAUGGAUAUCAAGAGAUUUAUACUCUGGAUGGGAAUUCAUUUGGAAAGCCAUGUCAGUUUCCCUUUAAGUUUAAUGACAAGUGGUAUGCUGAGUGCAUCACGGAGGGAAGAUCAGACAGCAAACUGUGGUGUUCAACUGAGACAGAUUAUGAUACAAAGAAGAAGUGGGGCUUCUGUCCAGACGAACGCGUCUCAGGAUGGGACAGUGAUCCAGUAACUGGUGUAUUAUAUCAGAGAAACACACAAUCGGCACUGACCUGGCAUCAAGCUCGAGCCAGCUGCCAACAACAAGAUGCAGAUCUUCUCAGUAUAUCAGAACUACAUGAACAGUCUUAUAUAUCAGGCUUGACAGAUCUCUUGGGUUCAGCUUUAUGGAUUGGACUCAACAGUCUUGACUUUGAGAGUGGAUGGCAGUGGAGUAAUGGAAACCCAUUCAGAUAUCUCAACUGGGCUCCUGGUAACUAA